CCAAAUUGCAACAUUUCCACGUUCCCUCUCUCCUCUUCUAUUCUGCGUGUGUGUGUGUGUGUGAGAGAGAGAGAGAGAGAGAGAGAGAGAGAGAGAGAGACCUGUAUUCUGUGGAUAAACCAUACCAGUACCAUAGUUGCAGCUUUGAGCCUUUGCCUCGUCAUGAUAAAAGCGUCCGUGCCACAGAAUAGCCCCUACCACAUUUCACCUCCUCCAUCCACAGAAACCCCCACAUUCGUUCACCUCUUCUCUACUCAUGGAAACUUGUUCCAAGCUCGACCAGAUUUUUCAGACUCGUCACUUCCUUGACUAUCUUCCCCAUAAUCUUCAAACAAAGCAUGUUCAAUCUCUUCUUUUCAGUUUCAUUAGACUUACUACUUUCUUAAUCGCGAUCUUCAUGGAAGCUUUUAUUUUCCUAUACAACUUGAACCUCAUAUCCCACCUCCUUCCCUUGUCUUGCUUAUUCGCAUUCUUCGCUUUCGAACGCUUCCUUACAAGAUCUCAUGGAACCUAUCUGGUCGACUUCUCAUGCUUCAAGCCUCCAAGCUUCUGCAGAGUCCCUUCUUCCACCUUCAUCGAGCACACCUCCAUGUUUGAAUGCUUUAACAAAGAAAGCGUCUCUUUUAUGAGCAAAAUCAUUGCUUCUUCAGGACAAGGAGAGGAAACUUAUCUCCCACCUGUACUUCACUACAUUCCACCAAGAACCCAUCACCAAGAAUCCAUUAACGAAGCCCAAAUGGUUCUUUUCCCUGCCAUGGACGAUCUUCUCUCUAAAACCAAAAUCUCACCUCACGAUAUCGACAUCCUUAUAGUGAACUGCAGCGCCUUCUGCCCUUCCCCUUCUCUGUCUUCCAUUGUGAUCAAUAGAUACUCCAUGAGGUCCGACAUUAAGAGCUUCAAUCUCUCCGGAAUGGGUUGCAGUGCCAGUGCUAUUGGUGUUGAUUUAGCUAACAAUCUCUUAAAGAUUCACAAAAAUUCCUUCGCUAUCGUUCUCAGCACCGAGAUUGUCUCUACUGGUUGGUACCCAGGCAAUGACCGUUCCAAAUUGCUCCUCAACUGCGUCUUCCGAAUGGGUAGUGCUGCAAUCUUGCUUACAAACAAGAAAGAGGCUAAGUGUAGGUCCAAAUACAAGCUACUACGAUCAAUUAGAACCCAGAGAGCGUUCGACGAUAAAGGGUACAUGUCUGCAAUGCGUGAGGAGGAUUCCAAAGGCAUAACAGGGGUUUCUCUCAAGCGAGACUUGCUGGAGGUCGCCGGUGAGACACUCCGAUCGAAUGCUUGGGUUCUGGGUGCAUCUAUAUUACCGGUAUCAGAGAAGCUCCGAUACGGUCUUUCAGUUCUGCGGAAGAGAUUCGGGGAUCCGUCAAAGGAGGUGUACAUGCCGGAUUUCAGGUCUGCUAUUGAGCAUUAUUGUUUGCCAACAUCAGGAAUGGCGGUGAUAAGGGAGAUAGGGAAAGGGUUGAAGUUGGAAGAAGGAGAGAUGGAGGCGGCAAUGAUGACGCUUCACCGGUUUGGGAACCAGUCGUCGGCGUCGAUGUGGUACGAGUUGGCGUAUACGGAGGCUAAAGGGAAGGUGAAGAAGAGGCAUAAAGUGUGGCAGCUUGGGAUGGGAACUGGACCAAAAGCUUCAAGUGUGGUGUGGGAAUGCGAGAGGGAUUUGGGUGGUGAGUUUAAUAAGGGACCAUGGUUUGAUUGCAUCCAUCGCUAUCCGAUCAUAACCACUGCAACUAAUCUUUAGAUCGCAAGAUCUCUGUUGGGGAGAUUCUAUUGAGUGCAAUAGCCUUAGGUUUUGUUUUCUAUGUCAUAGUUAUUAAGGAUCUGUUUUUUUCAUAUUAACCCAGAUUAAGGGAAAAUGUGUUUGAAAUA